AUUUCAAAGGAUGCCAGGAAGUGCGCUCUCUUUGCCAUAGUAUCAAAUUAUCAGUCACAAUAUUUUGUAUCAAAAUGAAGAACUUUUAAUUGGAUUUGAAGUGUAAACCACGCAAACCACACUCCAUCUUUUAAUUGAUUUAUUUCAAAAGUGAUGAAUUUUAUUAGACUUGAUUAACAUUUACGGGCUUUCCCCAUGAAAGCCCUUUACAGGGUUCUCAUAAUUUAAAUUUAAAUGUAUUAUUAAAUUAAUAUUGUGAUGUGAUUUUAUGAAAAUCCAAAGAAAUGAUUCGUAUUUGCAAUGGAUUGAAUACACAUCCUGAUUUUCAUGCUUUUAUUAAUACCCCUGGGGCUGCGUGUAAUGAUUCUGUUUAAGUUUGCAAUGAGAUAAAUAAAAUUUCUCUAAAUCAAAUUCUUGCUAUGAUGCUGAUAAUUUAUUGAUAAUUUGAUAGAGAGCAGAUGGUUCAGAGGGGUGUAAAUUAAAAUGCAUUCAAAGUAAAUCAUGGGAUGUACAACGCAUUAAUACACAAAAAACACAAAAUACACAAAAUAAUAUGGUGGUAGAACAUAAAAUAGUCAUGUUGAUGGUGGUUUGGUUUAUCAUGGCAAUAUACAAGAGAGCGGUAUGGUUUACCACAUGAGGGUGUCAUGUUUGCUAAAUGGCUGACGUGGAGGUAAAUAGUACGUUCUACCGAGAGAUUUUCAAUGGAACACAGCAGAAUUUUUCGGAACUUCAGGAGCUCAAUGUGGAUGAUCUCCUCUAUGAUGUUCCAGUGGGUAUUGUUGUGCUCCUAUCCAUCUUCUAUGGCACAAUAAGUAUCCUUGCCGUAAUUGGGAAUGGGCUGGUUAUCUGGAUUGUGGCGACAACCCGCCAAAUGCAAACUGUGACGAAUCUCUUUAUUGCCAAUUUGGCCCUAGCUGAUGUGAUUAUUGGGAUGUUUGCCAUUCCCUUUCAAUUCCAGGCCGCCCUUCUUCAGCGGUGGAAUUUGCCCAAAUUUAUGUGCGGUUUCUGCCCAUUUGUUCAGCUCUUGAGCGUUAAUGUGUCUGUCCUGACGCUGACAGCAAUUGCCGUGGACCGACACCGGGCCAUCCUUAAUCCUCUGAGGGCGAGACAGUCCAAAAAUAUGUGUAGGAUUAUUAUUGCAUGCAUCUGGAUUUUUUCAAUCUUCCUCGCAGCCCCAAUUUACUACGCAAUGGAAGUGAUUCAAGUGAAGGAGUUAAUAAAACGUGAGGGAGACCUCAUCGUCCUCUCGAAGCCCUUCUGUAACAAUGAAAAUCUAACAGAUGAACAAAUGAGGAUAUAUCGCUACAUUUUGGUUCUUGUUCAAUAUUUAAUCCCCUUCUGUGUGAUUAGCUUCGUCUAUAUUCAAAUGGCAGUGAAACUUUGGGGCUCAAAGACACCGGGAAAUGCCCAAAAUGAUCGAGAUGUUACACUGUUGAAGAACAAGAAGAAGGUGAUUAAGAUGCUGCUAAUUGUUGUGGCUCUCUUUGGGAUUUGUUGGCUACCACUGCAGCUCUACAACGUGCUACAAGCAACGUGGCCUGGAAUAAAUGACUAUCGCUACAUAAAUAUCAUAUUUUUCUGCUCCGAUUGGAUAGCCAUGAGCAAUUCCUCCUACAAUCCAUUCAUCUAUGGCAUUUACAAUGAAAAAUUCAAGAGGGAAUUCAGCAAACGCUGCCCACUAUGCCGCCUAGGGUUCGAUCAUGGUGAUUAUAGUGAGAAAUCGGUGUACACACGCGUAAGUUCAAUACGAUCCAACUACACAAACACAUCAACACGCCAAAAGACCCAAAAUCAAAACGCUGUGACCCCAAACAACCUCAUUGUUUGUCAUGUAGAAGGCAAAAAGGCUCACCAUCGUGGUGCAGUGGAGUGGAAAGCUGUGAAAAAUUGCAUUCUCGGUGAUCGGCAGAAGGCAAAUUAUUCAUCCGGGAAUGUCCGGCAGGGCGAAUGCACCAAUUGUGGCAGUAAAAUCGGCGAAUACAAUGACAUAUUGUACAGUGAGUCACUCAUGCCGAAGAAGAAGCAGAACAACACUUCUGACACCGAAUUGUUCACAUUCUCCUCGCCCACAGCAAGCCACGACGAGGGCACCGAGAGCGGGGAUGAGGUACGACAUGCACGACAAGGUGUCGCUUCUGGUAUCCUAUUUGAGGAUAUUGAUCUCUAAAGGGGGCAAUGGGGGCAAUGUCUGCACGAGGGCGGCUAUAUGAAAUAUAUAAGAAAAAACGCAAGCCAUUCCCAAAAUACUCUCUCUUUAUUAUUACCGCACUCUGGAAUUUGUCUAAUUUUAUCCUCCUACACUCUAAAUAUAUUUCUAUCAUUUCUCAAACAGUCUGUUUAGCAAGAGUGUACCUUUGGUUACCUAAUGAAAACCAUUUUUUAAUUAAUUAUUCAGGCAAUCUGUGUGUAGAAAAUUAUCACAAAUGUUUGUUAAAAUAUUCAUUUGUUCUAAUAAUGUUCUGGUUUACUCUUGUUUGUCAUUUACAACUUUAAUUUAUUCUGUUCAUAUCAAUUAGAUGGCUUGUCUAAUUUUAAUUAAUUUAAAGAAUAAAUAAUAAGAUAAUGAUUUCUUUAAAAUAGGAAUUAAAAAAAAUAUAUUGUUAAAAUAACAAAGAAUUCAUAAUUUUACGAUUAAAAAGGAAGAAAAA